AUGGCCUUCGAGGGCAACACCACCCCCUUCGAGGUGCCGGACACCGACACGGUGUACAUAUCCAACCUGCCGGCCAGCAUCACUGAACAGGACCUGGCGGAGUACUUCGGCUCGAUCGGCGUGAUCAAGACCGAUAAGAAGCUGCGCAAGCCCAAGAUCUGGCUGUACCGCGACAAGGCCACGGGUGCGCUUAAGGGCGACGGGACUGUGACCUACGAGGACCCGUUCGCGGCGGCGUCGGCGCUGCAGUGGUUCAACGACAAGGAGUUCAAAGGCUCUGUGCUGAAGGUAUGCCUGGCUGAGCGAAAGGAGCCUGACCACUUCCGGAGGGGUGGGGGCUUCAGGGGCGGGAGCAGGAGAUUCGAUGGCCCCCCACGGGGUUCUGGGCCGCCAUCAUGGGGCGAUGGCCGAGGCAUGGGUCGGGGGAGUGGCAGGGGCUAUGAAGGCCGAGGGGAGGGUAGGGGCUUUGAGGGCAGAGGGGAGAUUGGGGGUGGCCCUGGACAAGAGUGGCAGUCGGGCAGAGGUCAUGGAAGGGAUGGCGGCUGGGGAGACAGAGGCCAGUAUGGGGCCCGCAAUCAGGGCCAUGAUUCAUGGGGCAUGACACAACAGGCACCAGGAGCCCCACAGCCCCCACCGCAGCGCCAGCAGGAGUGGCCGCCACAACAGCAGCGGUACCAGCCACAGCCAGCACAGCAUCCACAGCCCCAGCAACAGCAGGUGCCCACACCCUGCCCACCAAUGCCUGUGCAACCUCAGCAGCCACAACAACAGGCGCAUGAAUCACAGUCUAUGGUGGCAGAUCAGCAGCAGCAGCAGCAGCAGCAGCAGGGAUAUGGAGCGUAUGACCAGGGAUACACAGGUGCUGCAUAUGGCUAUGAUGGUGUGCCGCAGCCCUCUCCUGAGGGGAUGAAUGCUGAAUGCACAGUCAUCAACUCCCAAAAGACUGGGAACUCUGAGGUGGGAGGGCAGCCGGCGGCUCAGGAGGCUGGACAGUGGGCAGGGGAUGCCAUGGUUCCGUCAGGCAGAGGUAGAGGGAGGGGGGGACCAACAGAUGGCGAUGGCAUGGGCCGAGGCAGGGGGCGAAAGGUGACGGCAGCCCCUCAGGGUCCGCCAGGCCUGUUUGGUCCUGAUGACUGGCCGUGCCCCAGCUGUGGCAAUACCAACUGGGCUCGUCGGCCAAGGUGCAACUUGUGUGGCUGCGCCAAGCCGGGCACCCAGGACAUGAAAAGGGAGGGCCAGGCGGGCGGCUUCAAGGAGUUGGACGAGAGGGAGAUCGAAGAGGCACGGAGGAGAAGGAGGGAGCAAGAUGAUGAUGAUAAAGAGCUGUAUGAUGAUUAUGGACGUGUCAAGAAGAAGUACAGAAGUGACAAGGACAGGGCAGCAAGAGAGCAGGCGGCUCUGGAGAGGCUGCGAGGUGGCUACGACCCAUCUCCAUCAGGGCAGGAGCAACUCUUGCUGGCUCAAGGUUUGAAGGAGAAGGACAGGGACAAGAAUAAGGAAAGGGACAAGGAAAAGGAAAAGAAAAAGAACGGCAGGAGCGCUGGAGAGAAGGAAAAGGAGAGCAGCAAGCACAGGCACCGGAGCAGGUCGAGGGACAGGGACAAAGAGAAGCAUCGAGACAAGGGAAGGGAGCGUGAGAGGGAACGAGGCAGAGAUCGUGAGGGGAAGCGCGACAGGGAGAGGGAGCGGGGCCGAGAGAGUGACAAGCACAGGCGGUAG